UUCGGUUGUCUAGCGCAAGCGCGGUAUUUGUAUUUUGUACGUUGAUUUCAGAAAGGAACUUUUACGUUCGAAUACGGCGGCCGUCUUUUCUGUGCUUUGCGGUAUAAAGUUUCGGGGAAGUUCUGAAAGACUUUGGACAAUUAAGUGAGAAAGAAUUAAGUAUAAUGGACUAAAUAUCAGAAAAUGAACAAGUUACGAGUGCGUUAGUAAUUAUUGUGAAGAAAAAACAACAUUUAUAGAGAUUGGAGCGAGACGUUGAAUAAAUAGAGGUCCCGACAUACAGAAAAGAUGGCGCAUUGGAGAAUAAUCACUUUGCUGUGCAUCGCGAUCAUAAUCGUUGACGCCCGGAGAAUGCACGCGAAACGCGAGACCAAAUCACAUCUGUGCGAUCCAGUUUUCAAUAACACAAACAAAAUCCAAUGCUACUGCGCCAAAGACUCCCGACAGGAAAUCAUAAAGAGCGCUGAAUGCUUUGCAACAAUCGAUGGUGUUGAAAUUGACGAUAAAAACUGGGAAGAGUUUAGUGAACUACAGAAUGCGACAAAACUUGUGUUUAUGAGAACCAGUGUGACCUUGAAAUACAUCCCUGAACAUGCAUUUAAACAUACCAAGAGACUACAUAAAGUGGAAGUUAAAUAUGCAAACAUAGAGGCUAUACAACCGUUCGCUUUCGCUAAUCUAAGUGCUGUUAGAGAAAUAAUACUAAGUGAUAAUCAGAUAAAGACUCUUCAAGUUCAUUCGUUCGCUCAUCACAAGGAACUAGAAAUAAUAAGUUUAGAUGCUAACGCCAUAACUGAGAUUAAUAGAGACGUAUUCAUCGAUCUACCUUCACUGCAAAAGCUUUAUUUAACGAACAACAAACUAAUAACGUUACACGAUCGUGCGUUUAUUCAUUUGACAAAUCUAAAAGAGCUAGAAAUAGACAGAAACAGUCUAUUCUCGCUGAACAGUGAAACAUUUUCCGGAUUGAGCAAACUAGAGAAGCUAGAUUUGAGUGGGAAUAGCUUAGAAGUUAUAGGCGAUAAUACAUUUUUGCCGCUGAAAAACCUAAAAUCCCUAAAUCUGGAAGGGAAUAAAAUACAGCUGCUAGAUUCCAAAGCGUUCAAGGGAUUGGCGAAACUCGAAUCACUUUCCCUAGCUCAUAACGCGUUGACGAGUGUUGAUAAUGAAAAAACAUUCGAUGGACUGAAGUCGCUAGUUGUUCUGAGUUUGAAAGGAAACAAGUUAGCGAAUCUGAAACCCGAAGUCAUGGCUCCGAUACUUGAGAACUUUUACAACAAUGCAAGCAACUUGGAUGUGGAAGACAACAACUUCCCUUGUGCCUGUCAACUGGAUUGGUUCCUCAUCCUCCUCAACAAAACCAGAAGCCCCUACCUCAAAGUGGCAACAGAAAACCUCAAGUGUAACCCAACAUCAGAGAUCAGAGAGAAAUGGAACAAAGCAGCCGAGUCAGAGAAGAAUGUUGAAGAAGAAAAUGCAGCAAACAACGAUUACGAAUAUUACGACGAUACACAACUGAAUGGCAAACUAUUCUACGUAGACAUGAGAUACUUACUGAACUGUAGCAACGUUUAUAACAACGAAGUGAUAGAUGUACAAAGCAUUCUGAACCCGCCUACUACAACUACGAAAAAACCAGUAACAGAACUACCAAAAGUCGCAUUUACUCCAACCAAACCUGAGAAACCAAAGAACGAAGUAACUACGAAGCUACCAGAUAAGUAUACCGACAAUAAUGAUUUUACGACGAGCAAACUAGCAACCGUGUCAGCGAAACCUGAUGAUAAAUACGAAGCUAACAAUAUGGCAGCAGACGAAGGACACACAAGAAUAAAGGCAUAUCGUAGCACACAAGAAGAAAUUGUCUCUUCCCCUGUAAACUCAGCUAUAGACACCGUAUCGUCUGUUUCAAUGAUCGCUAUAACAUUGUAUUUAACAUAUUUAAUUAAGUAUUAGACACGUAUGUUAAUAAUUAAUAAUUUAAUCUCA